AUGUAUCGGCUAACUGGAGUGUUUACUGUGUUCUUUGCCAUCGGCAUAGUUCAAGCGGGUAUUAAGGCAAUCGAUAAUGACCUUGGUGGCUAUCAGGCCAUGUUACAGGAAAUCGAUAAGGAGCAAAACAUAGUCUCCAUGUUGGUAGCAGCCUCAACCGCGGACACAGAUGACUUAAGACUUGAGGUAUUCUAUCGGUUUGCCAAGCCAAAAGUCAUAGUCAACGAGAAGGGUCAGGAUUUUAUAUACCGAGAAUACUUCAACACCGAAAUGUUGACGGUACUUUUGAACUAUGGUCAUUUGAAUUUGCAGAUGCUGGAAAUGGUGGCUCAAAUUUUAGAUGCUCAUCGACAAACCAGAAUCCUAAUUGUGGCCUUGGAUAUACAUAGCGAGGAGAAAUUCCGAAAGGCUUGUAGCGAAGCAUGCAAAAGACUUAAAAUGACCAGAGUCUUGCUAAGCUUCCUAUACUCUCCGAGGGCCUUAGAGCACACCUUUUACACUCUCAGACCCUAUCCGGAAUAUCAUUGGACACUUGAGUUGGUGAAUGCCAGCCGUAAAGAAUAUUUUCCUACAUAUUGGCUUAAUAUGCAUAAUGCUACUCUGGUUACCUUUAUGCCACAAGAUUCUCCCCAAUCCUUGGUGUAUGAAGCAGAUGAUGGUAGCUUAAAAAUGAAUGGCUUCAUAACACGUCUGGUAAUGCUUUAUGCGGAAAAAUUCAAUGCUUCUCUGCAAAUGUACGAACCCUUGAGUGUGGGCAAGGCUAUACAUUAUCGGGUAGUCAAUCAGAUGGCCAACGCCUCUCUACUCGAUAUACCCAUGGCCUUGGAUUUAGUUUUGGACCAAAAUAUGAUCUUGCAGCAAUCGGCCUAUUUUGAACUGACCGCAAUUGAGGUAAUCGUUCCAUGUGCUGGUGCCCUGACGGUGGAAGAAAUUUUUGCUCUAUUGCUUAAUGGAUAUUUCUUUGGCUGUGUGGCGAUAAAUGUUCUGCUGUUUUCGGUGGCUCACUCGCUUAUUGAUUACUAUUUCCAAGGCAUUGCAAUGGGCCUUAAUUUUAUGCUCAAUGACAAAAUCAUGCCUGGAGUGCUGGGUCUAGCUUUCAAGGGACGACACUCACCACGUAAAACUCUAAAGCUGGUCUACAUUUUGGUGUCCUUCACCGGCCUCAAUUUAGCCACACAGUUUGGGGCCCAUAUCAAUACCCUUUUCAUCAGCCCCCCGACUCACAAGGCCAUUGAUACGUUCGAAGAUUUGCAUCGCUCCGCAGUUAAAGUUCUCAUGGAUGAAAUGGAUACCCGAAAGUUUGGCUAUAUCAGGGAACUUUUUGGUUCAUCACUUUUAAUAUCGACAAAUUCCAGCUUUGUGCUGGAACAUAAAAAUAAAUUCAAUCACUCUUUUGGAUAUCUGGUGUCCACGGCAACAUGGGACCUUUUCGUCCGGCGCCAGCAAUUCGAUCCGCAAAACUCUUUUUGCCGAAUGAAAGGAUUAGAGGUUUUUCCCGGUUUAGCGCCUUUUAGUGUGGAUUUGCAAGAGAACUCGCCUCACAAGGAACCCUUGGAUUAUCUUAUCUAUCGCGUUCAUGAAGUGGGCCUGAAAGAAGCAUGGCAAGCCAGCACAUUUUUGGACCUGAUGAGGCUUAAAAAGAUCCCCAUACAUGAUCAAAAUCCAAGUCAAGAGGUACGGGCUUUGCAGGCAAGGGAUUUAUUAUGGAUUUGGUUGAUCGUCAUCAUCGGUUGUGGGCUUAGUUUGUUGAUGUUUUUCUUGGAGUUGUGUUUGGAUAAAUACUAA